UCCUAAGCUGUAACCACACUAAUUUCGAUAGAUUUCACAACUCUGCCAAACCCAAACCUCAUCAUGAUUCUUUUUCGAAUUUCCUGCCAACUUCCCAUUUAAAUUCUGCACCUACUCUUCUCCUCUCUUCAUCACUUGCCUCAGCUUUUCACUCUCUCUCUCUCUAUCUACAUUUCAAUCUUUCUUUCGCUGUAGAAAAUGGGUGAGAUCUCUUGCUCUAAUGGGAUUACUGAUAAGAAUGGAGUUGAUGGGAAAAGCCUUUCACUAUCUGGUUAUAGAAAGAGUUGCUGGUAUGAAGAAGAGAUUGAAGAGAAUUUAAGAUGGAGUUUUGCGCUUAAUAGCAUAUUGCAUACGGGUGAGACACCAUACCAGGACAUCGCGCUGUUGGACACAAAGCCGUUCGGAAAGGCAUUAGUAAUUGAUGGUAAGCUUCAAAGUGCAGAGGUAGAUGAAUUUAUCUACCAUGAGUCUUUGGUUCAUCCAGCACUUCUUCAUCAUCCAAAUCCAAAGACCAUCUUUAUUAUGGGUGGAGGUGAAGGUUCCACUGCAAGAGAAAUACUCAGACAUAAAACUGUGGAAAAGGUUGUCAUGUGUGACAUUGAUGAGGAGGUAGUAGAAUUUUGCAAGUCAUACUUAGUUGUGAACAGGGAAGCAUUUUCUGAUCCAAGACUUGAGCUUGUCAUCAAUGACGCCAGGGCUGAACUGGAGAGUAGAAAAGAAAGUUAUGAUGUGAUAAUAGGCGACCUGGCAGACCCAAUAGAAGGAGGCCCAUGUUAUAAACUCUAUACCAAAUCCUUUUAUGAGUCCACUGUCAAACCUAAGCUAAAUCCGGGUGGAAUAUUUGUCACACAGGCAGGGCCUGCUGGAAUUUUUACCCACACAGAAGUAUUCUCUUGCAUUUACAACACAUUAAGGCAUGUUUUCACGUAUGCUGUGCCUUAUUCAGCUCAUAUUCCUUCCUUUGCUGAUACUUGGGGAUGGGUUAUGGCUUCAGAUUCCCCAUUUGAGCUGUGUGCAGAAGAGCUAGACCUGAGAAUGAAACAGAAUAUGAAAGGGGAAAACAAAUACCUUGAUGGCAAAACUAUUUCAUCUGCUUCAACUUUGAGCAAAGCAGUUCGAAAUUCACUUGACAAUGAGACUCAUGUCUACACAGAAGGAACAGCAAGGUUCAUAUAUGGACAUGGAAGUGCCCACAAAAAUCAAGCAUGAGUUCGAAUUAGAAGAAAAGAUGAAGCCCUUACUAAACCAAGCACAGACAUAUAAGACUGAAAGUGGAACAAUUUUUUUGUUUUUUCUUUUCUUUUUUAAUCCUGGUUUCUGAUCUUCUAAUUAAUUAUCUAUUUUCCUUUUUAAUUUUGGUUGUGUAGCUACUCUGGAAUAUGAUAUUAAAUAUAUGAAUGCCAUCCUAAAUUUGUGUUCUCCUGGAA